AGCAUUCGAUUGUUGGGCUGUCAGUUGCGUUCUUUCUUUCGGUUUAAUUAGACGUUUCAUUUGUGUUUGCUGCAUUCGUUCGGUCGUUCGUUCGUUCAUUCGUUCGCACACGUCCACAUGUUCUUAAUAAAUAUACAUACAUAUAUGUAUAUAUAAAUGUACAAUGUUACAUAUAGAUUAUUGUAUAGAUAUGAAUGUAGUCUAGCAAACGCUUUGUUUUCUUUGAUACAUAUGUAUGCAGUUCGUGUAGCUUGUACGUGUGUGUGUACGCCGCGUAUUUCCUUUUUUUCUUCUUUCCUUUCGAUAUUCACACGCGUGUAUAAUUUGUCUGCAAAUCAUUAAACUAGAAUAUUUCGAAAAAAAAACAAAAAAAAAUUCUUAUGAUUUCCUCGUGUCGGUUACGGAUUCUCACAAGUCCGAGCACACUGAAGGAUGUUACAAUGGAGCAUCCAUAUGGUGUUGGCUUUCCGUGCGUCAGUCUACAAGGACAAGGCGCGACCUCGCCACCCGUACAGGGCCGUUCGGUGCGCGAAUUCGAGGAGCAAAUGGCUUCGUUGCGUAAGGAGAAUUUUAAUUUAAAAUUACGUUUGUAUUUCCUUGAGGAAAGUGUGCCCGGCUACCAUCAGGCGAAUACCGAGGGGCAUGAAUCGCUCAUGAAGCAACUGAUUGAUACGAAGGUUGAAAUCGAAAUCCUGCGUAAGGAGCUUGAAGAGAAGCAAGAGUUGUUGAAAGAAGCUGCACAAGCCAUGAAUCACAUGGAGGAAAUACAAAAAGAGACUGAAACGAAGGCGCAAGCCUUUAUUGAGGAGCUAAAACAAAAAAUACAAUUUCUUGAGAUGGAACGCGAUAUGGACAAGUCUCAACAAAGCGGAUUUAUGAAUGAUUUACUAGGACGUUCAGAGAUUUCGGAAAAUGUCAAUACAUUACAAAAAAUACGUGAACUCGAGGGCAUGGUUACACAAUCUGAGGAGAAAAUCGGCGCAUUACAAGCACAAAAUAGCAAAUUCGAAGAUAUUAUCGCCAUGCGUGAUGAGGCCAUUAAGGAAUAUGAAGACAAAGUGAAGGAGUUGGCAUUCCAACAUGCUGAGUUACAGGAAAUGAUGGAGAAUAAAGAGAAGGAUAUGGCAAAUAUUGAGUACCAACUGAAGGAUAGAAAAAUCGAAUUGGCCGAUAAACUCUGCGAAUUGGACGAUGCCCAACAGGAGUUGCAGAAACUACGUAAGAGCUAUGAUACCGCCUGCCGUACAUUGCAACAGUUGUUGCAACGCGAGAAGAGUGAGCAAAAAGCGAAUGCUGCUUGCGGUGGCAACAAUCGUGCAAUGAGCGAUUCUGAGGCUUUCCAAAAUCCCGCACAAAAAUGUGAUCAUGAGAGUACGAUAAAAAAACUGGAAGCCGAAGUGAAGAAGAAGACUGCUGCCUUGCAGGAUCUUAUCAACAAUGAACUUUGGCAAAAAAACCGUGAAAUCGAAAGACUCACAAAAUUGGUGAAUUCCCACACCACAUCACCGCUAUCACCUACCGCUGGCCGAAAGCACGUUGAGUCUCUACAAUUACAGCAAUCUUUCACCGAAAGCGACUACACAAGGGCAUUGGAUCACAACAAAUUGCUGCAGCAUAAAGUGAAUGUGCUCAAUAAACGCCUCAUCGACGAACGUAGCAAUGAGGCUUUGAUUGAAGAAUUGCGGCUUGAAGCGCGUACAGCACGCGCCGAAGCGGACAAUGCUGAAACAAGUCGACGCGCUUAUAUUAAAGUCUUUAGCGCACUCUCCGAUCGCCUCACCGAAUUGGCCGGCUUCCUGCAAUCGCUAAUGAAACACAAAGAAGUUUUGAACUUCCUCUCUACAGAUCGUCGACGUGCCAUGCGCACUGCAGUCGAUUGCAGUCUUGAUUUGUCGACAAGCAUACGCGAGACACUCUCUACUGGCGAUCAAAGCAUGAUAGAUAUCAGCAAUUUAUCACGUCUGCUAUUGGACGAUGAUGAGCAUGAUACCGCUUUGUCUAAUAAGACCCUCAAUACGUACGAAGAUAUGCGGGCGCAUCACUCCUUCGAUGUGUUACGCUCGGAGAACAAAGCGCUGCGCAAAAUAUUGGACAGUCGACGCAGCUGUGGCGGUACGGCUGAUACCAAAGAACGACGCUCGUUGCCACCAUUCCUACUAGAUAAUGCGAGCGAAUCCGAAGCUUGGUCCGAACCGGAUCGGCAAGUUUCAAUGGCGCGCAUUGGCUUGGAGGAAACUGCAGCGGCAAAUGUCUCAGCGAAAGAGGCAGCCAAGAAGCAAACCACACCCACGGAAGACUCAGACAGCGAGAGUGUGAAGGCGUCGUUGCAGCAAAGUCGCACAACGAAGUUGCGCACACAGGAUCGCAUAGCGCAGUUGGAGAAGCUGAUCGCACAACGCGACGAGCGCAUACUAAUGAUACAAUUUCAACUGGUUGAGGCUGAUAACAAUUUGAAGAAGGAAUCGCUACGUGUCAUAACGUUGACAGACGAGGUGGAGAAGUUGCGAAAACGCAAUGAUCAACUACUCACAGACAUAAUUGAGAUUGACAGUGAAAACUCACCUGAGAGCAGUACUGCUGCCACCGAAAUGGCCGUAUUUCACAAAACAAUGCAACGGCAAAUCGAUGAAAACUUAUGGGAUAUGCGUAAGAUAGAAGACGAGCGUGAUCGUAAAGCUGCAGAGAAGGAAAUGGUAAUCAUGCAAUUGAAGUCGCUAGAGACCGAAAUUGAAGACGUCAAAGAAAAGUAUGAAUUGCAAUUGAAGUUGGCCGCCCAAAAGGAGCGUCAACGUCUAGAUACGCUCAAGGAAGAACUUGAACAACUGAUGGAAGAGCGUUUAAAGGAGCAAGAGCGCGUACACAAAGAGACACUCACACGCGAAUGGAUCGCGCGCUCGACAUACGAAGAAUGUAAGACGCAGCUAGUCGAACUGCAGACACAGUAUAUACAAGCACAGCACACCAUCGAAGAAAUGACGGAUAACGAAGACGAUCUGCGACGCAUGUUCCUCAAUAGUGAGGCGGAGGCACGUAACCUCAGGAAGCAAUUAGAUGAAAAUGUUAUACAAGCGUCCAAGUUCGUAAGCGAUCGCACUAAAUUAUGCAAUGAAAAAUUGCAAUUAGAAAAACGCAUUACAGAGUUACAACAACAACUAGUUGAUGCGAGAAAACAACACAUGUCAGCAAAAGAACGCGUUGCAGUGCUUGAAAGUAUAGUGCAAAAAUUGCACGAAGAAUUAAUAGAAACACAAGCGGAAGCAACUCCUAGCAGGCGUCUUAACACCAGCGAUGCAUCGCCAUCGGGCUACGCCUCCGAUGAAGUGCAGAAAUCGAGCACGAAACGUGAAAAUAACUCAUCGCCCGACUUGGGCAUACAUAGUGAUACGGGACGUGGGUCGAGUGAUCUGUCCAAUUUACAACUCGCCUUGUUGAAGACUGUCUCACUGCCGCAAAGUGGCAGCGACAACGCAGCGAAGGUGGCUAAAGAUACAAAACCACUUAUCAGUAAACGCACACAACACAGCUCGAGCUCUGAUCUGGGCAUUGAGAGCGAUACGGGACAUAUCUCCAAUAUGGAUAUCAAAAAUGAAUCCCCUGCCCGUGCAGAGACGGAUGACAGUAACGCCGAGAAUAGGAUGAGUGUGGCUAAUGUGAAUACUCGUCCUGCCUCCGCCAUCACCGCUGCCAAUGCCAAUGCCAAUACCUCCGCUGCCGCCAGUCAAUCGGUAUACAAACACGAUUGCAUUAAGGUAGAACAAGAAAAUGCCGAAUUGCGACGUAAACUCGCACAAACGAAGCGUGCAUUCGAAGAGACAUAUAAAAAGUUGCACCUCGCUAAUCAACGUAAAGAGAAUAUACAAAAAGAGAUAAAAAGUCAAAUUGUUAAAACGAAAAAUGUACUAAAAUAUGCCCGUUUAAAUAUGGCACAAAUGGAGCAACCUAAUGCACAACAACAACAACAACAAUCACAACAAGAGCAACAACCACAAAAGCAUCCCCACCACCACCACCACCACCACCAUCAUCAUCAUCAUGAUCAUGAUCAUGAACAUCAGCAAGAACAAGCACAAAAUCAAACGCAAACCCAACAAAGUAAUGUAACAAAUGAUGGCGCCAGCACGUCAACAAAGCCAAGUAGUAGUACUAGUAGUAGUGAUGCACCGCAUUGAGUGUGCACAAACAUGCAUAUAAACUUGCAUACGCACGUAGUGCUCAAAAACAAAGCCUUUGUAACAGAAUGACACGCGCAAAACUGCAUACUACGCACACACAACUAAACAAAGUUAAAGAAAAAAAAACAUUUUCUCUGACAUCUUGAUAUGUUAAUUUAGUUAAAAAAAAAAA